AUGAUCUCACUUGCUGACUCAAGUAUACGCUGCCCGCCCGCUUUGCACCCUCUCUCCCCCCUCCCAUCGCAGGUGUCUCUCAUCGACCUCACCACCUUCAAGCUCGUCUUCCAGUACGUCAUGCCUCGCCCCUGGAACGCCCCUCCUCUCGCCAUCUCCUCCAUCUCCUUCGCGCACCUGCCCUCCGCCUUCGCUUCUGCCAGUGCCAUGAGUCUCCUCACUCCCGGAACCUCUAGAAGCUCUGCCCCUAGCAUUCCCGGUCUCGGCACCGGCGACGGCAGCAACACACCUGCGUCUUACUCCACGUCCACCCCGGGUCGGAGUGUCGACUCUACCACCUUCCCCGGGCUUCUCUCUCCCGCGUCGACCCCCUCGGAGUCGUCGUCUGGAAGGGGGGCCGGGGGGGGCGGGGGAGGGGGCGAGUGGGGCCCGGGAGGUAGCGGGGGCGGGCACGGGGUGUUUGUGGGGGCGUCGGACUCGUCGUUUGUGGUGCUGGAUGCUGUUACAGGCCAGCUGCUGCUGCGAGGCCCGGUGAAACUCCGGGAGGCUUCGCCUGCUGUCGCCAUGCUGCUGCUGGAUGCCGAUGGUUCUCCUCUGCCCCGCCUUGCUGCUCCUGUACGUCUGGACCACGUUCGAUCCUCCCGCUCUUCCCGCAAGCGACCAUUGCGCGUGCCACAGCAAGAGCAGCAGCAGCAGCAGGAGGGGGAGGAGGUGGAGGCGGGUGAGGUGGAGGAAGGGGGGGAACGGCAGGAGGUGGGUAAGGCGCAGGUCCCAACUGAAGAUUCUGCUGUUGCUGUGUCCCCUUCUGCAACUCCCCAUGAUUCAAGGCCCGAUGGAUUGACAGCAGAGGGGCAGGAAGGCGGAGCAGAUGGAGUAAUGGGAGAAGCUAAUAGAGGGGAUGGGGAGGAGGAGGGUAAUGGUGAUGGGCGCAAUGGAAGUGACAUGGUUUCUGAUGGCGGUCCUGACAGCAGCAGCACGGCGAGCCAACCAGCUGAAAAACAACCUGAGAACGCACCUGGUGAUGAAGACUCGAGCCAGCAGGAUAAGGCCCUUUCGGCUCCAACCACCCCAUCCUCUGACCUCCCUGCUACGCCCCAAGACCCUGAAGAUCCUUCUGCUGCCGCUGCUGCUACAGAUGCCACGCAUGACCCUGCCUCCUCUCCCAUUGCUUCGAAUACCCCGUCAGAGGCAGAUGGGGCAGACGGAGCAGCACCAGCAGCAGCACCAGCAGCAGCGCCGAAUCUGCUUCCUCUACCCCCGGCUAAGGUUGCUGCUGCUGCAGCUGCGGCGGCAGCAGCUGCUAAGGCUGCUCUGCCGGCUCCUCCUGGCCGGCAAAAGUGGCCGGGAGCUGUGGCAAGUCCAAGGGUUGGCAAAGGGGGAGGUUUGGCAGACAAGGAAAGCUCUACCCCUACUGCCGCUGGUCCUGGGGUGGCAGCAGGCGAGGGAGGAGUAGGGGGAGCGGCAGCGGCAGGGGCAGGCAAGUCGGGGAUUGGGUGGGGGCUGAAGAACCGUAUUGGCAUCCGAAUCAACGCCAAGGGUAGCUUGAGUUUCAGUGUUCACGCGCAACCAGCAGGUGGCAAAGCAGGAGCAGGGAAGGCAGGUGCUCACGGGGUGAUUGAUGGUGGAGGCAGUGAUGGGGCGGCUGCAGGUGCAGGUGCAGGUGCGGGUGCAGGUGCGGGUGCAGGUGCGGGUGCAGGUGCGGGUGCAGGUGCGGGUGCAGGUGCGGGUGUGAGUGGAUUGGAGUCUCCUGCUGUUUCACAGAGCUUUGCUGGUCCUGCUGGUGCUGGUGGUGCUGCCGCCACUGCUGCUGCAGCGGCUGCUAUCCAGGCAGUGGACUCGAAGUCAACUCCAGCUGCUGCUGCUGCUGGUCGUGGCAAUGCAGAGCUGCAGCUAGAAGCAGCAGCAGCAGCAGCAGAGGCAGAAGAAGGGGCGGUAGCGGCAGAGGAAGAGGGGGAGGAGGAGGAGGAGUUUGACCCGUAUGAGUCGCUGGAGGCACUGAGCAUACCCACAGUGGCUCCUGAAGUGCACUAUGUGCUGCUCGCUACGCGCAUGUGCCUCGCUCUCUGCGCUGCUUCCACCCUGCCUCAGGGCCUGCCGGUGAGUCUGCUGAAGAAGGUGCGGGUGUUUGAGGACGCAGAGGAGGGCGACAGGGAGGCCAGGUGGAUGGGGUCGUUUGGAGUCACGCCCUUCUUUGCGCCCGGCCUCAUGCUCCUCUCCGCUAAGGGCUGUGUGGAAGUCAGAACGCUGCCUGAUCUAGCCCCUGUGGAGUCAGGAGGAAUGCUCUCAGAGUACCUAGGCUGGUCCUUCCAGCCCUCGCAGCUCAUGCCCACCACCACCGCCAUCUCUCUCGACGCGCGCAUUGCCCUUCUGGAGGGGGAGACGGAGAUGGUGCGCAUGUCCCUCUAUGCCUACGAGAAUGCGCUUGGUCUGCCAGGAUCGCUGCCGCGCCUGCACGUGCCCACCAUCGCAUCCCCAGUCUCACAGCAUCAUCCAGCUUCAUCAGCAGCAACAGCGGCAGCGGCAGCAGCUGGGGCAGAGAAAGGUGCUCAAAUCACAGCCAACAUUGCCAAGGCCAAGCUCAAGGGUUUCCUGGGGAAUAUGAAGGCGAUGGGCAAGGCGCUGCUGCAGCUGCCAGCAGCGCCCACCAUCCACACGUCCUCUGAGCUGCUGGCCCUCUUUGCCUCCGCGCCCUUCCCUCCCUCCGAUGGCCAAGACCUGCUCUUCUCCAAGCCUCACAUGGACGAUCCUCCGGCUCCAUCACCCCACACGCCUUUGACAACGUCCACCGGACUACCCCCCCUAGUCAUCGAACCCACCACCACUGGUCCCACUCCCACGCCCUCAUCCGGAAGAUCCGCACCCACUAGCCCCGCACCCGCUGCCGACACCGGCAUAUUCAGCCUCUUCGGAUUCGGCAAACCGGCAGCAGCAGCAGCAGGGCAGGGGGAUGCGCCCCCGGUUGGCGGGUCGUGGCAGGAGAGGAAGCCGAGUGGGACCGCGGCUAUGCGAGCGGAUCUGAUGUCGGGUGGUGCACCGGCCAAAACGAGAACGGCUGAUGAGAUCAGAGCGGCCUAUGGUUACCCCAAGAGGCAGCAGGGCACGGAUGCAGCUUCAGCAGCUGCAGAUGCUCGUGAUAAGCUUAUCAUGCGGGGCGAGAAACUCAAGCAACUGGCAUCAGAUGCAGAGGAUCUCGAUGCAGGAGCUGCCGAUGUUGACUUUUGA